GCCCCCGCCGCGCUGAGGGCUGUUGGGCUCCGCCCGCCGCCACUGCAGUGGGAGCCGGGAGGCGGCCGAGGAUGGCGGCGGCGGCGCCGGCCCGGGAGCUCACGCAGAACCCGCUGCAGAAGACAUGGGAGCCCUACGACAACGGGCUGCCGGCGGGGCACAGCGCCCAGCGCGGCGUAUGUAUGACCAAUUGCCCUACUCUGAUUGUCAUGGUGGGUCUCCCAGCAAGAGGAAAAACCUACAUCUCCAAGAAGCUGACACGCUAUUUGAAUUGGAUUGGAGUGCCUACAAAAGAAUUUAAUGUUGGUCAGUAUCGCCGAGACUUGGUGAAAAAGUAUAAAUCUUUUGAAUUCUUCCUGCCUGACAAUGAAGAAGGCUUGAAAAUCAGGAGACAGUGUGCCUUAGCAGCGCUGAAUGACGUCCGGCAGUACCUCAGUGAAGAAAACGGGCACGUGGCUGUCUUUGAUGCCACAAACACCACCCGAGAACGCAGAGAAACUAUUUACAAAUUUGGUGAAGAAAACGGCUAUAAGACUUUUUUUGUUGAGUCAGUAUGUGUGGAUCCAGAGGUCAUCGCUGCAAACAUUGUGCAAGUGAAGCUGGGUAGUCCUGACUAUGUUGAUUGUAGUAACGAUGAAGCAACAGAAGACUUCAUGAAGAGAAUAGAGUGCUACAAGAACUCCUAUGAGACGUUAGAUGAAACUCUUGACAAGGAUCUUUCUUACAUUAAAAUUAUGGAUGUUGGAAGGAGUUACCUUGUGAACCGAGUAAUGGAUCACAUUCAGAGCCGGAUUGUCUACUACCUCAUGAAUAUCCAUGUGACUCCUCGGUCAAUCUACCUCUGUCGACACGGAGAAAGUGAACUCAAUCUGAAAGGGAGAAUAGGAGGAGAUCCUGGACUGUCUGUUAGGGGAAAAGAGUUUGCCAAAAGUUUGGCACAAUUUAUUAAUGAGCAAAAUAUCAAAGAUUUGAAAGUUUGGACCAGCCAGAUGAAAAGGACAAUUCAGACUGCUGAAGCCUUGGGAGUGCCUUAUGAGCAGUGGAAGGUGUUGAAUGAGAUAGAUGCAGGAGUGUGUGAAGAAAUGACUUAUGAAGAAAUACAGGAAAAUUAUCCGCUUGAAUUUGCACUGAGAGACCAAGACAAAUACAGAUACAGAUACCCCAAAGGAGAGUCCUAUGAAGAUCUUGUUCAGAGACUGGAGCCAGUAAUUAUGGAACUUGAAAGGCAGGAAAAUGUGCUUGUCAUAUGUCACCAAGCUGUCAUGCGCUGUUUGCUUGCAUAUUUUCUUGACAAGCCUGCAGAACAACUGCCUUACCUGAAGUGCCCACUGCAUACUGUCUUAAAGCUAACCCCGGUGGCUUAUGGAUGUAAAGUAGAAUCUAUAUUUCUGAAUGUUGAAGCUGUAAACACGCACAGAGAUAAACCCGAGAAUGUAGAAAUAUCCAGACCUCCCGAGGACGCUCUUGUAACAGUCCCUGCUCAUCAGUGAAUCCCGUGUGCUGACCAACUGUCGAACUUGGGAAUGUUGGUGUGGAUCGGUCAAGAGAAGAAGCUUUGAGGACAGUGCCCAACCACCUAUAGCUCCAGUUCCCAGGGGGGCCACCCUUCCUCCAGUGAAAGAGUGGGAAUAGCAGCUCAGGUCCAGGAGGAUGGGGAAGGUUUUGCUGAGUGGGCUGGAACCAACGCGCCUCCCCUUCACUUGAAGACUUUUGGGAUGUGAUUCGGCUUCUUUGGAGCAAACCUGUAGUUGUGGAUAACUCCCAGUGCCCAAAGGUAUCAGUGAAAAGAGUGAUGGGAAGCAGAGUUGGGU